AUGGUCACCUUCAAUCCCUUCUCUCUUAGCUCAUUGGACCAUGCUCUUCUGGCUGUAUACAUUCCCCAGAAUCUGUGCUUUCGCACAACAAACCAUCAACAAUGCCUCUCACAACUUCAAGAUGGCAUCAAGCUUCUCCUAGAUAAUCUACCAUUCCUCAGUGGAGAAGUAGUUCCCUGGACUGAUAGUUGCGCCAAGCCGGGAGAAAUGCGUGUUCAGCCGGGGACCACCUUUGCGGGAAUCCCCAUGUUAACAAUCAAACACUUCAAAGAUGUCAUCUUGCCGCCAGUGCUUAUCGAGGGUGGCGGAUCAUCGCAAACCGACCAGGCUGUUGCGGCUCUCGAUGGCGAAUAUUUCCCUCUGCCGCUGAUUUUGCCCCCAUCGGAGCCACGACCUGUUAUGCGCUUACAGGCAAAUGUCAUGGCUGAUGGAGUGAUCCUGUCCAUGGCAUUCAGUCACUCAGUCUUUGACGGAACGGGCACCGGUCGUAUCCACGAGAUGCUAGCAGAGUGUUGCCGCGCAGCAGCGACGCAGACUUCACCAAAUCUCCCAACCGACGAAAAGAAAGAAGAAUUGCUGCGACAUGUUUUGACUACAGCCGGCGAGGGAGAGCAUCCGGAAAUUGACCACUCGGGAGAAGUUGGACAAAGCUAUGCCUACGAAAGUAAAGAAGAUGGUGAAGCUGGGCAAGCUGAAUCGAUGGAGCUCCUUGGGACCGGACUUGCAACUCGGGCGUUUAUUCUCUCACCGGAGAAGUUGGAACGUCUCCGGAAAGCCUGUUCCGAGUUACUGCCUCUUUUAACUCGCCUAUCAGCGAAGGAGCAAAAGGAAUGGCCCACAUUUCUUUCAUCGAACGAUGUUCUUACAGGUGCUUUUGCAUUCUGUAUAGAGAAGGCCCGCAAAGAAAACGGUAUCGACAUGUCUUCCAAGUCUCGCCAUUUGACCUUUGCAGUCAACUUUCGCAAACGCCUUCAGGCUAUCCCAGAUUGUUAUCUGGGCAAUGCAGUCUUUCCAUCUCGUAUUUAUUUCCAGCUCCCAACAGAUAGCGAUGUCGAUCUUGACACGCUGGAGAACUCGCUCGAUCUGCAGCCCCUGCAGGAGUCUGGAAUAAACGUGCGGGAUCUGUUGGAAAUUGCCAACCAAGCCUUCCAAUCCCGUGUUGGAAUCUCAUCCUAUGAUGACGCAUUCCUGCGUAGCUUCAUGGCAUUUAUGACCAAGCAAGAAGACUACGAGGCUACGAACCUUCGUUACGGGAACUUAAUUGCCUCGAGCUGGCGGGAUCUCAAAAUCAAUUCUCUGGAUUUCGGUCCUGGCUUGGGCCACGUUGAUAACUUUGAGCUCAAUAUUGGCGUGGCUGAUGGAGCUAUGACUGUGUUACCGGAGGUGAAACGGGAUCUCUUGGCAACAAAAAAGAAAGCGCCAUGGGAUGUUCGUGUUUCUCUCGCAAACCAGACAAUGGGAAGUUUCCAGCAAAACACGCUGAUUGCGUGGCUGGCCGACAAAAUUGUUUGA